AUGCGAAAAAAUGACUUUGACGUAAGGGAGAUGAAUGCAGCACUGGGUAUCCUCAAGCUGGCCAGAGAGGGAAGGGGAGAUAGCGAUGAGCCUGACACAAGAACAAGAAAGACAACUUUCCAAAUGAUGGUCCUGAAGGAGGUGUUCAAGAUUGCGCCGCAUCCGUCGACUCUUACAAAGGCGGAUUUAGCGCUUAUGAUCAAGCUUCCCCUGAAGGCUGUGCAGAUAUGGUUCCAAAACGAACGGAGCAGGAAGGAGAGAGGCGGGCGCCUGGGCAAAAGAACUAGAGGAGGAAAGUCCGAAAGCAUAGACCCUGUCAGACUUUUCAAGGUCAUAAUGAAAGUUUUGGAGAAAAACAGGGAGGGACUCGGAUUCUAA